AUGAAACUUUCAUCUCAAUUCUUCAGUGACCUACUUGAUUCCAUUAUUGUUGAUGUUGCAUCUGAGUGUCAUCGAAUAGCAAGGCUGGGCCUUGACCAUAAUUUGGAAGAAGAGGAAGAAGAAUUGAGACUGUCUGCACAAGCUAGGGCCAGGGUAGCUGAUCCAAGUAACAGUAGUGAAGCAAACAGCAAAUAUACUGUUGACAUAUUUGGACAAACUCAUCCUUCUAUAGCCAAUGAAGUAUUUGAGUGCAUGAACUGUAGGCGAUCGAUUAUGGCUGGAAGGUUCGCUCCUCAUUUGGAAAAAUGCAUGGGAAAGGGGAGAAAGGCUCGACUUAAGGCGACAAGAAGCAGCACGGCUGCACAGAAUCGGUAUUCACGAGGCAGCCCUGCUACCACCUACUCCCCUUAUUCAACUUCUACCAGGUUAUCAAAUGGAACACUCGGUGUUGCAGGUCAUGAGGAUUAUCCAAAUGGUACCUCGGAAGAGCCAUGA